UUUGCUCACACCGUCAUGACCACUAAAGUUCUCAAUAAAGCCAACGUCUCGCAGGAAUUGUUUUUUGAGGUGGAGCUUCCCAAGACGUCCUUCAUUACCAACUUCAGCAUGGAGAUUGAUGGGAAAACAUAUACAGGUGAGGUGAAAGAGAAAGAGAAGGCCAAGCAGCAGUAUGAGAAGGCUGUAUCAUCUGGACGGACUGCUGGACUGGUCAAGGCUUCGGGUAGAAAGAUGGAGAAGUUCUCAGUUAAUGUGAAUGUGGCAGCAAACAGCAGCGUCAUAUUUACUCUCACCCAUGAGGAGCUUCUUCAGCGUGUGUUUGGCAAAUAUGAGCUCAUGAUCAGAGUCAAACCCAAACAGUUGGUCCAGCACUUUGAGAUUGUGGCAGACAUCUAUGAACCACAGGGCAUUGCGUUUGUAGACGCCUAUGGCACAUUCAUCACGAAUGAGCUGCUCCCUCUAGUGGAGAAAACUGUCACUGAGAAAAAGGCCCAUGUGUCAUUUUCUCCAACACUGGACCAACAGAGGACUUGCCCUGACUGUGAAGGCACACUUAUUGAUGGAGAUUUCUUUAUCAAAUAUGAUGUGAACCGUGCUCAUGACAUCGGAAACAUUCAGAUUGUGAAUGGGUACUUUGUGCAUUUUUUUGCACCAACCAAUCUUCAGCGAGUUCCGAAGAUGGUGGUUUUUGUUAUAGACAAUAGCUUUUCCAUGCAAGGGAAUAAACUGGCUCAGACUAAGGAGGCAAUGUUGACCAUUCUGAGUGAACUUCCAGAAGACGACUACUUUGCAAUCAUUGUGUUUUCAACAAACUUUAUUUUGUGGAGGCCACAUUUGAGCAAAGCAACACAGGAAAAUGUGGAAGAUGCCAAGAAAUUUGUCAAAACUAUUGAAGUUGUUGGGGGUACAGAAAUGCAUGAUCCUAUGAUACAUGCUGUGAAGAUGUUGUAUGAAGAACCACGCAAUGGUACAACACCACCGAAUGCCAUUCCAAUGAUCAUUCUGCUGACUGAUGGGGAACCAAACCGAUAUCCAAGAACUCUGCCUGAGAUCCAGGAAAGCAUUCGCAAUGCCAUCAGUGGGAACAUCAGUGUGUUCUCUUUGGCCUUUGGCAGGGGUGCAGAUUAUGGAUUUUUGGAUGUUCUGAGCAAGCAGAACAAUGGAAUCGCACGCAGAAUUUAUGAGGAUUCAGACGCUCCACUUCAGCUAAAGGGAUUUUAUGAAGAAGUGGCGAGUCCUCUCCUUUCAGAUGUGAAUUUUCACUAUCCGGACAACACUGUCAACUCACUGACAAAAAGCCACUUUAAACAGCUCUUCAAGGGCUCGGAGAUCAUGGUCGCUGGUCAACUUAAUGACUUGGAACUGAACAACUUUCUAGUUGAAGUAACUGCACAAGGGCUGGAGAAUAAUUUUGAGGCGAAAGGUCAGGCAUACUCUGAGGAGUGGAAAACCAUAUAUCCUGAUGAAGAGUAUAUCUUUGGAGAUUUCACCGAGCGUCUCUGGGCGUAUCUGACCAUCCAGGAGCUCUUGGAUAAGAAAGACCAGGGUUCACCUGAGGAGAAAGGAAAUGCCACCGCUGAGGCUUUGGAACUCUCAUUGAAGUACAACUUUGUCACACCACUGACAUCAAUGGUUGUCACCAAACCUGAAAGUGACGACUCGCUCAUUGCCGAUAAGUUGACUGAAGAGCAACGUGGAAAAGUUCAAAGUUAUGGCCUUGCAGGUUACAAUGCUGUACCAUCAAGCUACAGCUACACAGCACCUACAAAUUAUGUUGAUGGAGAUCCACACUUCAUCAUUGAACUCCCACGUCACAAUGAUGCGCUGUGCUUUAACAUUGAUGACAAACCCGGUACCAUAUUUAACUUGGUUAGAGACCCACUGACAGGUAUUGUGGUCAAUGGACAAACCAUUGGAGAUAAGAAGGUGGCCCCGGGGAAGAAGGUGAACACUUAUUUUGGGCGGUUUGGAAUCAUCCAUGAGAGGUAUGGUAUCAGAUUAAUGGUGAGCACAAAGGAGAUCUCAGUGUCUGAGGAGGGAAAACAGGCAAAGUUUUUCUGGACCGAUACUGGCACCAUUAAAGGGCUGAACAUGGAUCUGCAGGUAGUGAAAGAUCGCAGCUUAACGGUGACUUUGAGGAACUCGGUCAAGUUUCAGAUCAUCCUUCACAAAGUAUGGAAGGACCAUCCGUAUCACCAAGACUAUCUUGGAUUCUACACCCUGGACAGCCACCUGCUAUCAAACAGUGUUCAUGGACUGCUUGGACAGUUCUAUCACGGGCUGGAGUUUGAGGUGAGUGACCCGUUUCCAGGAAAAGAUCAAGGCAAACAGGAUGCUGUCAUGUUCGUGAAAGGACAUGAGCUUGUUGUUACAAGGGGUUGGCAGAGAGAUUUCAGAGAGGAUGUGAAGAAAGGAGAAAAAGUGCCUUGUUGGUUCAUUCAUAAUAACGGCACUGGACUGCUCGAGGGAGUUCACACAGACUACAUAGUGUCUGGUCUCUUCAAAAUCAAACAAGAAUGA